AGUCGCUACAACUGUGUCUGCGUUUUGGUGGGAAGCAGCUACUUUUCUCGACAGCUACGCCCAAAUAGGAGGAAAAAAAUCAGUAGCAGCCGCCAUAUAGGCAUCCUAUUGGAUUUGAAUUUGGAACUAUGUAGUACGUAUUUUUUUCGACGGCGACAGGCAGCCAAAACGUUGCAUUUCGUGCUUUUCCCGCAUCAACACAUCCCUUUUACGGACAAGACUGAGAAGCAGAAGAUGUUAAAAGGCCUUCGGUUUAAAUCAACGAGUCUUCCGAGAGACUAUCGGCGUAUAUAUCAGGGUUGAUAGCAAAGAAAAUCAUGUCAACGUAGAUGGUCUUUGUUCGUGCUUUUCGUGACUGGUCCGGCCGGAGUACUGGGAUUUUCCUCGCUUUAUGGCCAUGCGAGGAAUUUGGCUAUUUGUAGAGGAAUGCUCCGCUUUCUCUUGGCGUUAGCUCUGCAGCGGAUUCAUGGCCAACAGUAACAACAUGCUCGUAGCCUCUGCUGUGGUGGUGUGGGAAUGGCUGAACGAACACGGUCGGUGGCGGCCCUACAGCCCAGCCGUCUCCCAUCAAAUCGAGGCGGCCAUUCGGAGUGGGGAUAUCCGCGGUGGGAGCGUCGUCCUCGGCCAGGUGGAGAGUCGACUCUCUCCUUACAUUAUUGAUCUCCAAUCCAUGCAUCAGUUCAGACAAGACACAGGAACUAUCCGUCCAGUGAGGAGGAGUUUUUAUGACCCGUCCUCAGCCCCAGGACAAGGCUGGCAGUGGGAGUGGGAAAAUGAUGGAGGUUCAUGGACACCGUAUGAUAUCGAGGUGGCUAUCGCCAUCGAGAAUGCUCAUAGUCGCCAGCAACCCUGCCUUGACCUGACACCCCUGGGCUUCUGCUACCUCAUUGAUUUUCAGAAUAUGACACAGGUGAAUAGGCAAAGCCAGAGAUGCCGAAGAAUUCAGCGACGGGCUGACAUGGCCUAUCCACUCGUUUCUGGGCCUCUUCCAUUGCCAAAAGGAGGUGGAGGAGUAGCAGGAGGAUUGACAGGUGCUCUGCUAGGUGUUGGUGUAUCAGGGGCCAGCAUGGGCACUGGAAGCUCUGUCUACCCGAACGGGGGCAUCAUGACCACUGGACUGGGCCAGCCUUGCUCCUGCCAGCAGUGCAUGCUUGUCUUUAGUGUGAAAACAAACACAGGUGGAGCAGGAACAGGUAUACAGACUCUAAGUAGACGCUCGUUAACCAUACAGCGGCCCAAGACAUCAGUACCCAGCGUCUCAAAAUCUUUAAAUCCUUCUAAAUCAGCCACACUGGGAAGAGGACAGCACCUGAAAUCUAACUGCAACACCUAUCAGACGCUGCCACAUGGCCUUGCCAUCUCUAAAAACACUGCAUCUCCAAGAAGGAAUGCUCAACUCUUUGCUCAGUCGCUAGCUGCCCUCACGACAGGGACCUCCACUCUUGCUAUCUCCUCAUCUUCAAGGCCACCUCCUCCGUCGCUCCCGCCCCCUCAGCCGCCAUCAUCCAACAUGACUGUGAAUCCUCCGUCCAUUCCAGCCAAACAUUCCUCAUCUUCAGCCAAUGAAUCAGUCCCAACUGCCACUUUAAUUACCCCGGCUAGCACCGUGACCACACCCCCAUCCCCUGUACCAUCUCCAUCACCAGCUGUAAUGAAGCCACAACGUGCGCUAUCGUCCACAUCCAAAAUGUGCCAUGCUCCGCUACCACAGAGAUCAAGUUUAGCUGGACUGAGUAGACCGGCGUUGCAGAGGAUUGCCAUGGCCCAGUCAAGAGCACUAAUUGCAUCAGGCGUGCCCACUGUGCCCGUGAAGAAUCUCAACGGAUCUAGUCCUGUUCACCCUGCACUGGCAGGGAUCACUGGCAUUCUGAUGAGUGCCGCUGCUCUGCCCGUGUGUCUUACAAGGCCUCCUAAACUUGUACUACACCCUCCGCCUGUCAGCAAGAGUGACAUCAAACCAGUGCCAGGUUUCGGCCAUUGCUGCAGAAAGACGACCAAGAAGCAGGCUCGCAAGGGUAAGACUCCAGAGGACGUGGUAAAAAAGUACUUGCAAAAAGUAAAGAGUCCACCAGAUGAGGAUUGUACCAUAUGUAUGGAACCGUUAGGGGGGCCUUCUGGCUACAAAGGUCCAGGGGUCGGACCUGUUUCCAGAGCAGAAUCAGUUGGGCGACUCGCACAGUGUGGACACCAGUACCAUUUCCAGUGCCUGGUGGCCAUGUAUAAUAAUGGCAACAAGGAUGGCAGUCUUCAGUGUCCCACCUGUAAAACUAUCUAUGGUGUAAAGACUGGAAACCAGCCAGCAGGCAAGAUGGAGUACCACAUCAUCCCUCACUCACUACCAGGGCAUCCCGACUGCAAAACCAUUCGCAUUAUCUAUAACAUCCCACCAGGCAUUCAGGGACCGGAGCACCCGAAUCCAGGAAAGCCCUUCACAGCCAGAGGCUUUCCACGACAUUGCUACCUCCCAGAUAGUGAGAAGGGACGCAAGGUAUUGAGACUCCUCCUGGUAGCUUGGGACCGUAGGUUGAUCUUUUCAGUCGGGACUUCAAGCACUACUGGAGAAUCUGACACAGUCAUCUGGAACGAGGUCCACCACAAAACGGAGUUUGGCUCCAACUUGACAGGUCAUGGCUUCCCUGAUCCUGGACACCUAGACAAUGUUCUGGACGAGCUCCGAGCUCAGGGCAUAACGGAAGAUGACGGAUUGACAGAAAAGUGAUCUGAUGGGGAACCAAGGAUGACAUGAGAUGGUGACAAAGGAGAGAAAAGGAGGACAAGUCUGGCAGUAUUCAAAAAAGGCGCAUUGAACCUUUGGAGCAUUUUUUUUUUUUUUUGGUCUAAAUAACCACUUUUUUAAAAUAUUGAUUCUGUUAACGACUGUUUGCCUGUCAUUCCAAUUCUGUGUAGUUAAUACGCAUCAAAGAAAUCAGAAUAAGGAGAAGACAACAGCGGGCAGCAAGAGGUUUUUGCUACUCAGGAUAUAGGUACUAACAGUCUACGAGAGUGAAGUUGUACUAAUAACGAAGAACAAAAACAAGUUUAGUUUACGGAGUGAAAUAGCUGAGGAUGGUAUGUCUGAGCGGAUUUUUUAAAAGAUUGAGAGAAGGAACAGAAAGCAAAAGAUGUUUAAUGCGGGGUAGGGACUGUUGGAAAACUGGCAGCAAGAACAUACAAAAGGUUUAUGAAUGUAGUGUAAGAUAAGUGUAACGCUAACUUGUACAGUACUUUACAGAUGCUAGUCCUUUCACCUCAACACCACCAGAUCAAUCAUGAGUUAUGGCUCAUCAUUAAAAUGCCCCCACUUUUUUUAAUACAAUAUUCUUUAGUUAAAUUGCUCCCUCGUGUGGUUUUUCUCUUGAACUACAUUCACCAUGGAAACCAAUGAAGCGCUUUCAUUUUGCUUAAAUACCACCAUCUGCCAGUGGUUUUCGUCAUUUUCACUGAAUUAUUUGACGUUUGAGGGGCCAAACUGAGCACAGUUAGCAUUGUGUACGAAAUAACAAAUACCUAAAUCAAUGCCUUCUCCUUUAACUGUCUUUUGUGUUUUUCCAAUGAGUAACUAAGGUACACAUGAAGCAUGGGUGUCUAAACCGGUCUGUGGGUGCAGGUUUUUAUGCCAGCUGAUCCAGCACGGACAGUUUAGUCUAUGUGUUUUCUGGUAUAACAAGUAGCACCUCGAUGAAAUCAACUGAUACAAUUUUAACCAGUGGCAAGGGAAGUGGGGUGCUGAGGGUGCUGAAGCACCUCCUGGUGUUGGAGAGAAAAGAGUUUUUGGUCGAUUUUUUUUUUUUUUUUUUAAAUUAAUGAGCAUAUUGAAACAAUAGCGUAUUUAACUUUGGGGAUUAAAUAUAUAAAGUGGUGUGAAAAAGUAUCUGCACCUUUUGUAAUUUCUCACAUUUCUGCAUAAAGUCACCAUCAAAUGUGAUAGGAUCUAUGUUAAAAUCACACAGAUGAAAAAACAGUGCUUUAACUAAACCCACCCAAACAUUUAUAGGUUUUCAUAUUUUUAUGACAAUAGUAUGCAAACAAUGACAGAAGGGGGAAAAAUAAGUAAGUGAACGAUCACAUUUAAUAUUUUGUGGCCCCCCGUUUGGCAGCAAUAACUUCAGCUGAACGCUUCCUGUAGCUGCAGAUCAGUCUGGCACAUUGAUCAGGACUAAUCUUAGCCCAUUCUUCUCCACAAAACUGCUGUAGUUCAGUCGGAUCUUUAGGUCAUGCCACAGCAUCUCAAAUGGGUUCAAGUUUGGAUCGUUGUCUUGUUGCAGCACCCAUCCUCUUUUUAGCUUCAACUGUCUUGACAGAAGGCCUCAGGUUUUCCUGCAAAACAUCCUGAUAAACCUUUGAAUUCAUUCUUCCAUUAAUGAUUGAAAGUCGUCCUGGCCCUGAGGCAGUAAAAACAGCCCGAAAUCAUGACGCUCCCUCCACCAUGCUUCACGGUGGGGAUGAGGUGUGUAUGUUGGUGAGCUGUUCCAUAUUUCCGCCACACAUGACGUUGUGUGUUACUCCCAAACAAUUCAACUUUGGUUUCAUCACUUCUUAAACUAUUCUGCCAAAAUUUCUGUGAAGUGUCCAAGUGCCUUUUUGCGAACCUUAAACAAGCAACAAUGUUUUUUUUAAACAGCAGUGGCUACCUCCGUGGAGUCUUCCCAUGAAUACCAUUCUUGGCCAUAGUUUUACAUAUAGUUGAUGUGUGCAUAGGGAUAUUGGCCUGUGCCAAUGAUUUCUGUAAGUCUAGCAGACACUCUAGGGUUCUUUUUUACCUCUAUGAGUGUUCUGCGCUGAACUCUUGGCGUCAUUUUUGGUGGACGGCCAUUUCUUGUGAGAGAAGCAACAGUGCCAAACUCUCUCCAUUUGUAGACAACUUCUCGUCGAUUGAUCAGCAUCCAGACUUUUAGAGAUGGUUUUGAAUCCUUUCCCAGCUUUAUCCAAAUCGACAAUCCUUGAUUGCAGGUCUUCAGACAGCUCUUUUGACCGAGCCAUGAUGCACAAGACAAUUAUUGUCAUGUGUGUUUUAUAGUGGGCAAGGCAGCUUUAAACCACUCAUCAGUGAUUGGGCACACACCUGACUUAAAUUGUUUGGUAAAAAUUGGUUUCAAUUGCUCUUUAAGUUUCCUUCGGCAUAGGGUUCACUUACAUUUUUAAUUUUUCCCCCUUCUGUCAUUGGCUGCAUGCUAUCCCCAUUAAAAUAUGAAAACCUAUAAAUGUUUGGGUGGCUUUAGUUAAAGCAGACACUGUAUUUUCAUCGGUGUGAUUUUGACAAAGAUCAGAUCACAUUUAAUGGUGAAUUUAAUGUGGGAAAUUCCAAAAGGUUCAGAUACUUUUUCAGACAACUGUGUGUUCGAAAAGUUUUUUUGUUGUUAAUAAAAUGGUCACCACCUUACACGUUGCUUGCUACAAGGUCAGGUUGAAUCAGGUGCUAUUGGAACAGACAAGUAAGCUGUUGACAGAGGAGGCGUUAAAAUGGCGCAAAAAUGAAUUAGCCGUUUUUUUCUUCAGAAAAACAGCCGAAAAUUUUUCUAAAGAAAUCAAGGUCAAAAUGAAGAUGAUUGUCCUUUGUUUUUUUUCAAAUAGGUAAGAUGUGCUUGCAUUGUAACCAAAUUCUUUGUUGAUGCUGUUGAGCUGCCGCCUUGAAGGGUGCAGUUGGAUGUCCGUGUGCAAUUCAUUUUGGUGUUGUUAAACCAAGGCUUAUUGGACCUUUCAGUUUUCAAAUGUGCUUGUCAUUGUGUCCUCUAGCAUCGGGGAUUUGCAUUAAAAUUACACAGGCGCUUUUAUUUCCAAUACAAAAACUCCUUAGAACGCUUUCUUUGUAGUAGCCUAGUAGUAGUACGUAAGCUAAUCAGCAUGCGUGUGUACUGCCACUGUGCACACCUCGUAUGGAGAAAAGUCGCGAGCAUGAUAAAUUUGGACCAAAAUGGCUGUAUUUUGAUGGGAAAAACAAAACAAAAUCAUCAGCACCCCCUGCUGUGAGUGACUUCCAGCGCCCCUGGUUGUAAGUUGUCCCCUUAAUUGGUUGGAAUGAAAACCUGCACAAACUGCGGCCCGUUUUGGAAUAGUUUCCCCACCCCUGACAUAGAGUUUACAUUUUGAGUUACCAGAUUUGACCUACAGUACUCUAAUAUGCAUUGAAUUGAAUGAAUUUUUUUUAAAUGGAAAUGUACCUCUUUCUGUGCCACCACUGUAUCAUCCAAUGAGGUAACUUUGCAGCACAUUACUCUGCUGCCAGAAAGUUAGCAUAUUCAAUACUUUUGAGAUUCCCAUUCGGUACAUUUCUUAUCAACUCCUCUCUUUCAGCAGCAAGUGAUAAUGCACUGCCUAGUUCCUUUUUUGGGUCUGUUAAUUGCCUGUUAUCUUAAUAGUUUGAGUGAGUGCAUGUGUGUUGCAAAAGAAAAGCUGUGUACUGUGUAUACUACCAACUUGCUCUGAGCCAAGAGUUAUUUCUUUUUCUAUUUUCUGUAGUAAUUGUAUCAUUUGGAAACUUGGAGGAAAAUGAUAAAGAUGGUACUCACUGUAUGGUUAUUCCUUUUACUUUGUUGUUGUUUUUUACUAUUAUGUUUUAAUGUGAACUGUAGCUACAACUUUUCUGUACAGUAGUAUAUUCUUUACAUGAUCAUAGAGGUAAUAGACUUUGUUGUACAUUUAAUGUGUAUUCAUCAUGUACUUUUUUUUUUUAAAUUUGUUACUAUUGGUUUACAUUUUUGAAUACAAUUGAUUUUUAUAAUUUUAAUUGCGUACAGAAGUGAGGCUGGUUUGAAAAAUCUUUUCUUUAGAAAAGGAAUGUGAUAAUAUACUAUUGCGUGACAAAUGAAUUUGUAAUGCAACUCCAAAACCCUUUUACAGUUGCUUUGCUAUUAGAUGGUUUGAGAACGGUAAUUAUUUUGGAUUGGAAUGUUAUCUUGAAUGUCCCUGCAUUUUGUUCCAUCUCUUGCUCUGAUGACCCAACGGUCAUUAUUAUAUUGUUGGGCUCAAGAACGAUGGCCUGUGGAGUGUUUGAAGUGUAAAACUGCAAGCAACUCAUACAAGUUGUGAUCCUCUAAAAGCAGCUUUCUUUGCCAUUAGCAGUUAUUCCAGAUGGCAAUAAUUCAUCCUUCUGAUGUGACCUCUUGGAAUUGAUUGUGUUAGUCUGACGGGACUGCGAAAAAAGGGUGUUGGUACUAAGUGAAUGGGACAAUGUGUAAUUACAAAAAAUGCUGGAGUACAGUAUGACUGAUUAAUACAUGUAAGA